AAGUAAACUGCGUUUGCAGUUCAUAAGGUUUCUUUGGUUUCUUGAGACUGCGAGUUGUUUUGGAUGUACUUAGCUGUGGUUUGUUGUCAAAAAUGAGAUGACACUGAUGACUGACAUUUGACAAUUUUAAAAAUCAAAAGUCAAGACUUGAGACUAUGCAGUGAAGGCACUAUAGUCUAUAACCUCUAAAAUAAAAACAAGAUGUUUAAUAAUUUAAUAAGAUUAUUUCCAAUAACAUUACAACGCACGGCUUUACACAAUGCAUACUUAAAGGUGGAGUUGCACAGUUCUGCUACAAGCUAUGCAGUUAAAAAAACAACAUCGGCUGCUGGAGGUGUGCUGGGGUUGGGAAAGGGUAAGAAGAAGGGUGGGAAAUUGACGGCCAUUGAAAAGAAGGAACUUCCCGUGGAGACAGACCCAGAGAAGCUUGUGAACUAUGUGUGUGGUUCCAAUAUAUACCUUACUGGAGAGGAUGUCAAAAUAAAAGAUGACAGCGAGUACCCUGAUUGGUUGUGGAAGCUGAACAUGGGCGCCCCCCCUCGUAUCGAGGACCUCGACCCUGACACUAAGGAGUACUGGAAGAGGGUGCGCGCUAUGGGCAUGAAGAGGAACAAUAAACUGCGCUCCAUGAAGAAGUUUUAGAUAGAAUGAUUGUCCAACCUGCCUGUUUAGUAACUUAUAUUGUGUUGUAAUGCUAUAGGUGGUGUAUUAUUAAAUAAUCGUAGUAUCUACACUAAUAUUAUAAAGCUGAAUAGUUUGUAUGUCUGAGCACAGCUAGUGUUCAUUUAUAUA